AUGUUCUUGGCAACUGGAGGUAUAAAAGCAGCACCGCGAAAACUUCGACAGUCGCACUCGAGGAAGGUUGUGGUGAAAAUGUACUUGGCAAAGAGAGUCUCGUCAGCGCCUUGGCGCAAGUCUCUGGAAUAUCAGUUGCGAUUGAUGAGUUCAACGCUGGAGAAUCCUGUGGUUGACCUUCCUGGACAGGGACAAUUGCGAGGAUCCACGAAGAAGAGCGCAUGGACAGGCAGAAUGAUUUAUCAGUUUUUGGGCGUUCAAUAUGCGGAGGCUCCAAUUGGAAAGCUGCGCUUUAAGGCACCUGUUCCGAAAGCGCCCUGGGAAGGUGUGAAGGAUGCUACCAAGUACGGACGCCCAGCUCCUUCGUACAACACCAUUUUAUCUGUGCCCAACGAUAAGAUCACUCCUGACUUCGAGGACUGCAUCAAUCUCUGUGUCUACACUAAUGAUUUGAGUGGAUCAAAACCUGUCAUGGUUUACGUUCAUGGCGGUGGAUUUUACACAGGAUCCGCAGAUCAAUUCCCGCCUGACUAUAUCCUUGAGAAGGACGUGGUUCUGGUGGUGCCGCAGUAUCGACUUGGACCUCUAGGCUUCCUCUCUACCAUGACAGACACCAUUCCGGGAAAUGCUGGAGCUUUGGAUGUGAUCCUGGCCUUCGAAUGGGUGCAAAAGUACAUCCAACACUUCGGUGGAGAUCCAAAGCAAGUCACAGCUUUCUCCCAGUCAGCUGGAUCCACUCUGCUCUCCAUCCUCACAUACAGUGAUCUGGUGAGAGAAGAGCUGUUCUCUAAGGCGAUCUUCUCCUCAAGUGCUUCCUUCGCCACAUGGUGUUACGAUGUGAACCCUGUUGCCAAUGCUCACGACAUUGCCAAGCGUUGUGGCUGUCCGAAGGGGAGUUCGGUUGAGGAACUGAAUGAUUUCAUGAUGAAAGUCGACGCGAAGACACUUGUGGGAUCACACAUUAAUCAUAUGCAAGCCAAGACACCAAAUGGCAUUAACACACUCGGUGGACAUAGAUUCACCAUUGGAGGACCGUCGAAUCUUCUGCCCGAGACGACCUUCAAUCUCAUGCGCAAAGGCAAGGGACGACGGAACCUUCCCUUGCUGGCCGGAGUGGCCAAACACGACGCCACCUUCCUGAUGACUGGACUCUGCGACAUCUUCCUGCACACGGUUGGCUAUGACAAUCACAAGUUCAAUCAGUUCCAAAUGGUUGAUACCAUCUGCAAGACUCUCGGCUCGGAUGAGCAAACAGGAGCUCUGGCGGCGUUCGCAAUUAUGUCAGUCUUGGACAUUGAGGAUCUCAAGAAAGGCGACUUCUACGCUAUGGUUGAUGGUCUGUUUGAUCUUGGGGGUGUCAUGGUGGUGAAAGGCCCUCUUCUGCGCGAAGUGCAGUACCACAUGAUUCGCAAGAACAAUCCAACGUAUCUGUACGCGUUUGACUACGAAGGUGAACACACAAGAUUCGGCUAUGGAGAAGACACUUCUAAGUAUCCAUUCGAUGGUGGAGUUGCACAUUCUGAUGACAACAUCUACCUCUUCCCAUGGCCUAAGAGUGUGGCAAAACUCAAUGAAGAAGACACUAAAAUUGCGAAGACAUUGGUGGACUUGUGGACUUCAUUCGCGACGACCGGAGUUCCAACUUCUCCUCAAGUUUCCAGUUGGCCAAAAAUGGAACACUUGGCUGGACCUUAUCUUCAUAUUGACAAAGAGUGCACAAUUGGUGACAAUUACUAUGAUGAAUUCCGAGUGGUGGCCAAAGAAAAGAGGAAUCUUAAGAGAAACGAGACACUCCGCAAGGCUAAAUCAGCGAGUGUGAUCACUUUGUCAGGCGAUAAGAGAACGCGAUUAUCAGACUACAAUACAGUAGUGAUGGCCUUAUCAAAUGUUGAUUUUGAGAAAGUCGUUGUGAAUAUUCCGAGCCUGGGAAGCUUGAGGGGCUCUCAAACCACAAGUGCGUGGACUAGCAGGAUUAUCUAUCAAUUUCUGGGCGUAAAAUAUGCCGAGGCGCCGGUUGGUGAGCUCAGAUUCAAGAAACCCGUACCAAUUGCACCGUGGAAAGGCGUUAAAGAUGCCACAGAGUAUGGAAGAACAUUUCCCAGUGCCACGGAUUUUGAGGCAAUACCUGAGGAAGAGAAAAACUACCCUCAUUGGGAGGAUUGCAUCAGCCUUUGUGUCUACUCUACAGACUUGAAGGCAUGCCAUCCGGUCAUGGUUUACAUUCACGGAGGAGCAUUCAAUGAAGGAGGUUCAUUUCGUCAUCCGCCAAAUUAUCUGCUGGAGAAGGAUAUUGUUCUGGUUGUGCCGCAGUAUCGGUUAGGACCUCUAGGUUUCCUUGCCACAAAGACUGACACCAUUCCGGGAAAUGCAGGAAUUCUUGAUGUAAUUCUCGCCUUCGAAUGGGUGCAGAAGUACAUUCAGUACUUCGGUGGGAAUGCAAAGAAUGUGACAGCUUUCGGACAAUCAGCAGGAGCUGGAAUUGUAUCUCAUCUCACAAUGAGUCCUCUAGUUGGAGAGUAUCUCUUUCACAGAGUUAUUCUUCAGUCAGGCAGCUCUUUUGCCAUCUGGGCCACUCAUCAAGACCCAAUUGGAGAUGCCAGGAAGACAGCAAUAGCCUCAGGGCAGUGCAAUGAAUCCUCAUCAAUUGAGGCGAUCGAAGAGUGUCUAAUGAAAAUGGAUGUAAAGUCUUUGCACACAUUUGCGAAAAACACUCGAACCAAGCCUGUUGUUGGCGGUCCUUCUGGUUUCUUGGACCAAAGUCCUGACGAGAUAUUCCUAACUGGCGCUGGUCGAAAGAACCUGCCCAUGAUGACUGGAGUUACCAAGCAUGAUGGAGGAUUUCUCCUCAUGUCCUUCUAUGAUGGUUUCAAGACUCUUAAGGGCUUUUCAGAUAGUAAUUUCAAUUCAUUCAAACUCGUGCACAUGAUUUUGAGUAGAUUCGGAUAUUCAGACAAUCCUGGAAUUUUAGCUGCGAUUCUGGGAUCAAAUUUGUGGCGUUCAGAAACUCUGAUUAAAGGAGAUUUUCACGAAAUGCUCAAUGGACUGUAUGACCUUGUUAAUACAAUAAUGCUGAAAGGUCCAGUAUUGAAAGUGGCACAAAUGAAUGCUUGUGCAAAUCCUCAGCAAACUUGGCUCUAUUCCUUCGACUACGAAGGAGAAUAUACAAGAUUCGGCUAUGGAAAAGACACUUCAAAGUACCCUUUCAAAGGUGGAGUUGCGCAUUCUGACGAUAACAUCUAUUUGUAUCCAUGGCCUGAGAGUGCGGCAAAUUUAAAUGAAGAAGACACAAAAAUAGCCAAGAAAAUGGUAAACUUAUGGACUUCCUUUGCAAUUAACGGCAUUCCAUCAACUGAAGACCUCAACUGGCCGCCAAUGACCACACCUAUUGGGCCAUACUUGCGCAUUAAUAGCACUUCCUCUGUCGGCCAGAAUUUCCACGAUGAAUUAACCGCGAUGUCUCGAACGGAGAACAAUUCAUCUCGCCCGGAAAAGCGUGAUAAGGCGAAUUCCUACACGAAUGUGUAA